AGCCGAUCAUAACCGUGCAGCAGGCAGAUGAACAGCGGGCUGUGACUGUUAGGAGCUCUAGAGUUCUUCGGCAUGAUGUGUUUUUCUCCAAGACGAAGCUUUUAAACUAAACUGCUGGCGAAAACUCAGAAGACCGAGUGAAGAUCAGCUGUGUGAGGUGAAGGUGUUUCCUGCCAUGGUGGAUAAGAUGUCCAGUUUCCUGCACAUUGGGGACAUUUGCUCCCUGUAUGCCGAGGGAUCCACCAGUGGCUUUAUCAGCACUCUGGGGUUAGUUGAUGAUCGCUGUGUGGUUCAGCCUGAUACAGGAGACCUGAAUAACCCACCAAAGAAGUUCAGAGACUGUUUGUUUAGACUGUGUCCUAUGAACAGAUAUUCAGCACAGAAACAGUUUUGGAAAGCUGCUAAACCAGGAGGAACGAGUACAACGGACACUGUCCUCCUCAACAAGCUGCACCAUGCUGCUGAUUUAGAGAAAAAACAAAAUGAAUCAGAGAGCAAGAAGUUACUGGGGACCGUCAUCCAGUACGGAAAUGUCAUCCAGCUCCUCCACCUGAAGAGUAAUAAGUACCUGACUGUGAAUAAGCGUCUCCCGGCUCUGCUGGAGAAAAACGCCAUGAGAGUGACUCUGGAUGCUGCCGGAAACGAAGGCUCCUGGUUCUACAUCCAGCCCUUCUACAAGCUGCGCUCUAUAGGAGACAGUGUGGUAAUAGGUGAUAAGGUUGUGUUAAAUCCUGUGAAUGCCGGGCAGCCUCUUCAUGCCAGCAGCCAUCAGCUUGUAGAUAAUCCAGGAUGUAAUGAGGUGAACUCUGUCAACUGCAGCACCAGCUGGAAGAUUGUCCUGUUCAUGAAAUGGAGCGAUAAUCAGGAUAUUAUUCUGAAAGGCGGAGACGUGGUUCGGCUGUUCCAUGCAGAGCAGGAAAAGUUUCUAACAUGUGAUGAUCAUCGCAAGAAGCAGUAUGUCUUCUUACGGACAACUGGACGCCAGUCUGCCACUUCAGCCACCAGCAGCAAAGCACUCUGGGAGGUGGAGGUGGUACAGCAUGACCCCUGUAGAGGAGGAGCUGGUUACUGGAACAGUCUGUUCAGAUUUAAACACCUGGCAACUGGACAUUACCUCGCUGCAGAGAUAAACUCUGACUAUGAGGAGGAAUGUCUGGAGUCCCGUUGCUCUCUGGAUUCUGAACUGGAAGUGAUGCGAGCCCGGAUCCGGAACGUGCAGGAUAAGGUCAUGUACACGCUGGUGUCUGUUCCUGAUGGGAAUGACAUAUCCUCCAUCUUUGAACUGGACCCUACCACUCUGAGAGGGGGGGACUCACUGGUGCCUAGGAACUCAUAUGUGAGGCUCAGACACCUCUGUACGAACACCUGGGUCCACAGCACCAACCAGCCCAUAGACAAAGAGGAGGAGAAACCUGUCAUGCUCAGGAUAGGGACGUCUCCCCUGAAGGAGGACAAGGAAGCGUUCGCUAUAGUGCCUGUGUCUCCAGCCGAGGUCCGGGAUCUGGAUUUUGCCAACGAUGCCAGUAAAGUUCUAGCCUCCAUCGCUGGCAAACUGGAGAAGGGCACCAUCACCCAGAAUGAGAGGAGGGCUGUGACGAAGCUGCUGGAGGACCUGGUGUAUUUUGUGGUGGACAUUCCCAAUAGUGCCCAGGACGUGCUGGAGAUCACAGUGAACAAACCAAACAGAGAGAGACAGAAACUCAUGAGAGAGCAGAACAUCCUCAAACAGAUCUUUAAGCUCCUGCAGGCUCCAUUCACUGACAGUGGUGAUGGUCCCAUGCUGCGAUUGGAGGAGCUGGCAGACCAACGCCACGCCCCCUUCCGCCACAUUUGCCGCCUCUGCUACAGAGUUCUGCGUCAUUCUCAGCAGGACUAUCGCAAAAACCAGGAGUACAUAGCGAAGCAGUUCCGCUUCAUGCAGAAGCAGAUUGGUUAUGAUGUUUUAGCAGAGGACACCAUCACAGCUCUGCUCCACAACAACCGCAAACUGCUGGAGAAACACAUCACUGCUGCUGAGAUCGACACCUUCGUCAGUCUGGUCCGCAAGAACAGAGAGCCCAGGUUCCUGGAUUAUUUAUCUGACCUGUGUGUAUCCAUGAACAAAUCCAUUCCUGUGACUCAGGAGCUCAUCUGUACCGCAGUGUUGGAUCCGGCCAACUCCGACAUCCUCAUUGAGACCAAGCUAGUGUUGUCGAGGUUCGAGGUGGCGGGGGCGGUGCUGGGGGAGAGUGCAGAGGAGGAAGAGGAGGAUGAGGAGGAGGUGUGGUUGUUCUGGAAGGACAGCAGUGGGGAGGUAAAGAGUAAAAGCAUCAGAGAACUCGCUCAGGACGCUAAAGAGGGACACACUGAGGACCAGGAAGUGAUCAGCUAUUACAGGUACCAGUUGAACUUGUUUGCUCGGAUGUGUCUGGAUCGUCAGUAUUUGGCCAUCAAUAAGAUCUCGGCACAGCUGGACGUGGAUCUGAUUUUACGCUGCAUGUCGGAUGAAGACUUGCCCUUUGACCUCAGAGCCUCUUUCUGCCGUAUGAUGCUGCACAUGCAUGUUGACCGCGACCCCCAGGAACAGGUCACGCCCGUCAAAUACGCCCGUCUGUGGUCCGAGAUCCCGUCCCAGAUCUCCAUCGACGAUUAUGAUAAUGACGGAAUGACCCGUGAUGAGGUGAAGGAGAAGUUUUCUCAGACCAUGGAGUUUGUGGAGAAUUACCUCCGUGACGUCGUGUGCCAGAGCUUCCCUUUUUCAGACAAAGAGAAAAAUAAACUCACAUUCGAGGUGGUCAACCUGGCCAGGAAUCUCAUCUACUUUGGGUUCUAUAACUUCAGUGACCUCCUCCGACUGACCAAGAUCCUGCUGGCCAUCCUGGACUGUGUCCACGUCAGCACAUCCUUCUCUGUCAAACUGGACCGAGAGCCAGGAAAAGGCAGUAAUGUGAUGCGCUCCAUCCAUGGUGUGGGGGAACUUAUGACCCAGGUGGUCCUCAGAGGAAGUGGCUUUCUGCCCGCUACAAGCCGUAAUUCUCCGGACCGAGACUCGGUGAAAGCUCAAGCAGAACCUCAGAAACAGGACAUACUAGUGAUGGACACCAAGCUGAAGAUCAUCGAGAUCCUGCAGUUUAUUCUGAAUGUGAGAUUGGAUUAUCGUAUCUCAUGCCUCCUGAGUAUCUUUAAGAGAGAGUUUGAUGAGAGUAACUCGCAGACGGAGAUGUCCAUUAAUCCAGAAUCACAGACGAGUGUCCAGGGUGCACUGGACUUUGAGCACAUUGAGGAGCAGGCAGAAGGGAUAUUUGGAGGAAGUGAGGAGAACACCCCACUGGACCUGGAUGAUCAUGGAGGUCGGACAUUUCUCAGGGUUCUUCUCCACCUGACCAUGCAUGACUAUCCUCCAUUAGUGUCCAGAGCUCUUCACCUCCUCUUCAGACAUUUUAGCCAGAGACAGGAGGUUCUGCAGGCCUUUAAACAGGUGCAGCUCCUGGUCACCAGUCAGGAUGUGGAUAACUAUAAACAGAUUAAAGCUGACCUGGACCAGCUGAGGUCUAUAGUGGAAAAGUCUGAACUGUGGGUGUAUAAGAGACAGGGGUCAGACUCAGGGCUACAUACAGGAGAGGUCAUCACCACGGAAACACAUCACAAGAGUGACUCUGGUUCUGAUGGAUUACACAAACCCAAAGUGGAGAGCACCAGCAGCUCCAACUACCGACUGGUCAAGGAGAUCCUCCUGAGACUGAGUAAGCUGUGUGUGAUGGAGUGUCUGUCUGGCAGGAAGAACAAGAAGCAGCAGCAGCGUCUCCUUAGGAACAUGGGGGCUCACUCAGUGGUCCUGGAACUUCUACAGAUCCCUUAUGAGAAGGGUGAGGAUGUUUGGAUGCAGGAGAUCAUGACCUUAGCUCAUCAGUUCCUCCAGAACUUCUGUGCAGGAAACCAGCAGAACCAGGCUCUACUGCACAAACACAUUAACCUGUUCCUCAACCCUGGAAUCCUAGAGGCUGUGACCAUGCAGCACAUCUUCAUGAAUAACUUCCAGCUCUGCAGUGAGAUUAAUGAGAGAGUUGUGCAGCACUUUGUCCACUGCAUUGAGACACAUGGACGCAGCGUCCACUACCUCAAAUUCCUGCAGACCAUCGUCAAAGCCGAGAACAAGUUCAUCAAGAAGUGUCAGGACAUCGUCAUGGCCGAGUUGGUGACCGCAGGUGAGGAUGUCCUGGUAUUCUAUAAUGAUCGCGCAUCGUUCCAGACAUUAGUGCAGAUGAUGCGUCUGGAGAGGGAGCGUCUAGACGAGAACAGCGCUCUCAGGUAUCAUAUCCACCUGGUGGAGCUGUUGGCCGUGUGUACAGAAGGUAAAAAUGUCUACACAGAGAUAAAGUGUAAUUCUCUUCUCCCGCUGGAUGACAUUGUGCGUGUGGUCACACAUGAGGACUGCAUCCCUGAGGUGAAGAUGGCGUAUGUGAACUUCCUGAAUCACUGCUACGUGGACACGGAGGUGGAGAUGAAGGAGAUCUACACCAGUAACCACAUGUGGAAGCUCUUCGAUGAUUUCCUGGUGGACAUCUGCAGAGUGUGUAACAAUACGAGUGACCGUAAGCAUGCAGACAUGGUUCUGGAGAGAUAUGUGACCGAGACCAUCAUGAGCAUCGUCACCACCUUCUUCAGCUCUCCGUUCUCUGACCAGAGCACCAGCCUGCAGACUCGGCAGCCGGUGUUUGUGCAGCUGCUGCAGGGUGUGUUCCGUGUGUAUCACUGUACCUGGCUGGUCCCGAGUCAGAAGGGCAGCGUGGAGGCGUGCAUCAAGGUCCUGAGUGACGUGGCUAAAGGCAGAGCGAUUGCUAUCCCAGUGGAUUUGGACUGUCAGGUGAAUAAUCUCUUCAUCAAGUCCAACAACAUUGUCCAGAAAACAGCACUGAGCUGGAGACUGUCUGCUCGUAACGCCGCCCGGAGAGACUCGGUCCUCACCGCCUCCAGGGACUACCGCAACAUCAUCGAGAGACUGCAGGACAUAGUCUCAGCAUUAGAGGAACGUUUGAGGCCCCUGGUCCAGGCGGAGCUGUCCGUGUUGGUGGAUGUUCUCCAUCGUCCAGAGCUGCUGUUUCCUGAACACACUGAAGCUCAUCGCAAGUGUGAGAGCGGAGGAUUCAUCUGCAAGCUGAUAAAACACACAAAGCAGCUGCUGGAGGAGAAUGAGGAGCGUCUGUGCAUCAAAGUUCUGCAGACACUCCGAGAAAUGAUGACCAAAGACCGAGGAUAUGGAGAAAAGCUCAUGGCAUAUGAUGAUGAGAUGGAUGUUACUGAGCAGGUGGAUGUGAAUCUGCCACCAAAACAGCAGGAGGAUCACAGAAGGGGAGAAGCUCUGAGGCAGUUACUGGUGAACCGUUACUAUGGUAACUUCAGGAUUGGAGGGAGGAGAGACAGUCUGACCACCUUCACUAACCCAGGACUCACACCUGCAGGUCCGAGCAAGAACCAGUCAGGUCGAGCUGAGAUGUCUUUAACAGAAGUACAGUGUCAUUUGGACCGUGAGGGGGCAUCUGACCUGGUUAUUGACCUCAUCAUGAACACAAACAGUGACCGUGUCUUUCAUGAGAGCAUCCUAUUGGCUAUUGCUCUGCUGGAGGGCGGGAACACCACUAUACAGCGCUCAUUUUAUAAACGUCUCACUGAAGACAAAAAAUCAGAGAAGUUCUUCCGGGUGUUUUAUGACCGAAUGAAAGCGGCACAGCUGGAGAUCAAAGCAACAGUUACUGUAAAUACCAGUGACCUUGGCAACAAGCGCCGUGAUGACCAUGCUGACCGAGACACACCUCAACGGCGUAGAGGAAAGGACUCGGUUGUCAUGGUGACAGACGAUGCUCGUGAACAGCUCCUGGAAGCGUCCGCAGUGACUAAAAAGGCUUUCAGCUCAUACCGGCGUGACGCUGAUCCUGAAGAGGCGUACGGUCACACUGAUAGUGAAAAGGGGGGCGGAGACAAAGGGGUGGAGCAAGGUGAGAUGAGCCCUGUCAUCCUCAUCAUGCAGCCAAUCCUGCGCUUCCUUCAGCUGCUGUGUGAGAACCACAACAGAGACCUCCAGAACUUCCUACGCUGCCAGAACAAUAAGAAUAACUAUAACCUGGUGUGUGAGACGCUGCAGUUCCUCGACUGUAUCUGUGGCAGCACUACAGGAGGUCUGGGGCUGCUGGGGCUCUACAUCAACCAGCACAACGUCGCUCUCAUUAAUCAGACUGUAGAGAGCCUCACAGAGUACUGUCAGGGACCCUGCCAUGACAACCAGAACUGCAUUGCCACUCAUGAGUCUAAUGGCAUUGACAUCAUUAUUGCUCUGAUCUUGAAUGACAUCAAUCCACUUGGGAGGAAGAGGAUGGACCUGGUUCUGGAGCUGAAGAAUAACGCCUCCAAACUGCUGCUGGCCAUCAUGGAGAGUCGCCAUGACAGCGAGAAUGCAGAGAGGAUCCUGUACAACAUGAGACCUAAAGAACUGGUAGAGGUGAUAAAGAAGGCGUAUCAGCAGGGAGAGACAGACUUCGAUGAUGAUGAGGAGAAUGCAGAGGAACAUGCUGCUUCACCUCGGAACGUUGGCCACAACAUCUACAUUCUUGCACAUCAGCUGUCUCGUCACAAUAAGGAGCUGCAGGUUCUGCUGAAGCCCACAGGAGAAGAUCAGGCUCUGGAGUUUUACACUGAACACACUGCGCAGAUUGAGAUUGUCCGUCAGGACCGUACCAUGGAGCAGAUUGUGUUUCCGGUCCCUCAUAUCUGCUCUUUCCUGACGAACGAGUCGAAGCUGCGUGUGUAUUACAGCACAGAGCGAGACGAGCAGGGCAGCAAAAUCAAUGACUUCUUCCUCAGAGCAGACGACCUGUACAGUGAGAUGAGGUGGCAGAAAAAACUUAGAGCCCAGCCGGUGUUGUACUGGUGCAGUAGGAACAUGUCGUUCUGGAGUAAUGUGUCAUUUAACCUGGCCGUGCUGAUUAACGUGCUGGUGGCGUUUUUCUAUCCACUGGAGAGUGUGAGUGAUAGUCAUUUGGAGCCAUCAGUGUCUCUGUUACUGUGGGGGGGAGUGUUGGGCUCGUUGGUGUUUGUGUUACUGUGGCCCAGUCCAAAUGCAGUAAGGGUUCUGGUCAUCUCUUCUGUCCUGCGCCUGGGGUUCUCUUUAGGCCUGCAUCACAUGCUUUCUCUCCUGGGAGCAUUCAAUGUGUGUAAUAAGAUUGUGUUCCUGCUGAGUUUUGUGGGGAACAGAGGGACGUUCACUCGCGGUUACAGAGCAAUGGUGAUGGACAGAGAGUUCCUUUUUCACCUGCUUUACCUUCUCAUCUGUACAAUGGGCCUGUGUGGACAUGUCUUCUUCUACAGCUUACUGUUGUUUGACCUGGUGAACAGAGAGGAAACGUUGUUGAAUGUGAUUAAAAGUGUAACGAGAAACGGUCGCUCCAUUGUCCUGACUGCUGUACUGGGACUCAUACUGGUUUAUCUCUUCUCCAUCGUGGGCUACAUCUUCUUUAAAGAUGAUUUUAUACUGGAGGUGGACCAUAUCUCUAACUCCACUCUUGAGGAAGGAGUGAAUCAGGCAAGCAGUUUCCUGUCGGAGGGUUCGUGUGUGUUGGAGAACGGGACAUGUCUGUCUGUGGGUGAAAAUGGAAAAGAUGAUUUUGAAAGAGCAUGUGAUUCUCUGUGGAUGUGUAUGAUCACUGUUCUGAGUCAUGGUCUGAGGAGUGGUGGAGGAGUCGGAGACGUCCUGCGCAAACCUUCUAAAGAGGAGCCUCUGUUUGCUGCAAGAGUGAUUUACGACCUAUUGUUCUUCUUCCUGGUCAUCAUCAUUGUCUUGAAUCUGAUCUUUGGUGUCAUCAUCGACACGUUUGCUGACCUAAGGAGUGAAAAACAGAGAAAAGAAGAAGUGCUGAAGACCACCUGCUUUAUAUGUGGGUUGGAGAGAGACAAGUUUGACAACAAGACAGUGACAUUUGAAGAGCACAUUAAAGAAGAACACAACCUUUGGCACUACCUGUACUUUAUUGUGCUGGUGCGAGUGAAAGACUCGACAGAGUACACCGGUCCGGAGAGCUACGUCGCUCAGAUGAUCAAGGAACACAAUCUGGACUGGUUUCCCCGAAUGAGAGCUAUGUCUCUGGUGAGCAGCGACUCAGAGGGAGAACAGAAUGAACUUCGCUCCCUGCAGGACAAACUUGAGUCCACCAUGAGACUCGUCACCAAUCUGACCAAUCAGCUCACAGAGCUCAAAGAGCAGAUGACUGAACAAAGGAAGCACAAGCAGCGGAUUGGUCUCCUGGGAAACCCCGCCCACCUCAAUAUUAACCCCCAGCAGCCUGCCUGAGGAGUGGAGACAGGAUGUGUGUGUGUGUGUGUGUGUGUGUUUCAUUUUAGCCCUAAUUCUGUUCAGUGUGCUGACCCUCCUCAUGAGGAAACACAGAGAGCUGUAACACUCUCACUCUUUAACAGAGUGUGUUGGUAUUUUUGACCUGUUUAAAGAGCACAGAGACUGACCCAGGGUCAUCACCACACACACAGCUGUGUGUGUGAAAAGUGUCCACUUCACCGAGUAGUAACUUUAUUAAGUACUGGCUGAGUUCACACAGAAAUGUGGAACAGUGAGAAGACAUGCCACAGACAGAUGGUGUGUGUAUAGCACCAUGAUGGUGGUGAUGAUGAUGAUGAUGAUGAAGGGUUUGGUGUUACUCAGCUACCCAACAGCUGAAAUGUGAAUGAAUCACUGGUUAAAGUUUGUGUGAGUACAGAGGACCACUGGAGGGUGUGUGAGAGUGUGUAUGUGUGUUUGAGCAUGUGUGUGUGUGUGUGUGACAGUGUGCUGGAAGGAGCUGGAGGAGUUUUGUAGAACACGCUCAUGACCCUUUAGGAUUCAUUUAUAAUGAAGCUCUUUAUUGAUUUGAUCAGAAAUCUGAAGAUUGAUUUUAUUUUCUAAUCAGAUGUUCAGAGACUUUAGUGUGUAGGCUUUAUGUGUUAGAGAACACGUGUGAUUUUUUUUCUUCACUUGUUUAAAUCUUGGAGUUUUCACAUGGACACUGUAAUUAAUCCUGACUGAGGUUUUGCACUGGUUUAUCACCGAGUCUUAAUCACCUGGGCCUUUAGAGAUUGUUUAUUUGUUUUUUGACUGAACUGAUUUAUCUGUGUGCAUUUUAUCCAGGUAUUUAUCCAGAUGCUGCAUGAUGCAAUGCUUUAACACGCCAGAAAGCGUCUCCCGUUUUUACAAGCUGUGUGUGUGUUUUGCUCUUUCACUCGGUACACACUGAAAGCCGAGCUCUGUGAAUGAGUUCCUAUUCCACAAUACAGAGACUCAUGAGUGUUUCUAUAAGAAAGUGUUUAUUUUCAGAGUUUAAUAAAACAUUAGACAGAAAUAUCUCCACACUCCACAUGGACUAGGUUAAAGACAAUGUGCUGCAGGACUCGUGUUUCUGAAGAAGCUCUGAAGAUUUGUGCGUAUGGAAAAGAAACACCUGAAUUAUCUACACAGUGAGACUCAGUAAAGAUGAAGAGCAUUGAUGAUGAUGAUCUGCAUGGUUCUGAUCCGAUUCCUUCAGUGUAAAAAUAUAACAAACAGCUGAGGAAUAAAUCUGUACACUGCAUCAACUGUCUCCUGCAGGAAGAAGGAGGUUUAUUUACUUCCUCCUCACAGUUUCUAUGUCUCUGUGAAACACUACACUCUCAGUCUCACACACUCUGUCACACACACACUCUCAGUCACACACACACUCUCUCAGUCACGCACACACACUCUGUCACACACACACUGUCACACACACACUCUGUCACACACUCUCUCAGUCACACACACACUCUCAGUCACACACACACUCUCUCAGUCACGCACACACACUCUGUCACACACACACUGUCUCACACACACACUCUGUCACACACACACUCUGUCACGCACACACUCUCAGUCACACACACACACUCUGUCACACACACACUCUGUCACACACACACUCUGUCACACACUCUCUCAGUCACACACACACUCUCAGUCACACACACACUCUCUCAGUCACGCACACACACUCUGUCACACACACACUGUCACACACACACUGUCACACGCACACUGUCACACA